AGGGGGGAGGAUGGAGAGAGAGAGAGAGGCGGGGCUGGCUGGGGACAGGGUGGCUCAGGGAUAAAUUCGCAGCCUGAGAGGGGGUGAGCUGACACUGUCCCAGCUGCCACCUAGACUCGGAGCUCCAUCCAGCUCUCCAGCGAAGACAUCCCAGUUCCAGCACCUGCCUUCUUGGAGUGGGGAAGACUCUUAAAGGGCAAGGGAUUUCUGAUUCCUUAAGAGAUCAACUGUCUACACUCACUCACACCUCCUGCCCUGCAACCAUGGCCAUGCAGAAAAUCUUUGCUCGGGAAAUCCUGGACUCCAGGGGCAACCCCACAGUGGAGGUGGACCUGCACACAGCCAAGGGCCGAUUCCGAGCAGCUGUGCCCAGUGGGGCUUCCACGGGUAUCUAUGAAGCUCUGGAACUAAGAGAUGGAGACAAAGCCCGCUAUCUGGGGAAAGGAGUCCUGAAGGCUGUGGAACACAUCAACAAGACUCUAGGCCCUGCUUUGCUGGAAAAGAAACUAAGUGUUGUGGAUCAAGAAAAAGUUGACAAAUUUAUGAUUGAGCUGGAUGGGACCGAGAAUAAGUCCAAGUUUGGGGCCAAUGCCAUCCUGGGCGUGUCCUUGGCCGUGUGUAAGGCGGGAGCAGCUGAGAAGGGGGUCCCCCUUUACCGCCACAUUGCAGAUCUUGCUGGGAACCCUGACCUCAUACUCCCAGUGCCAGCUUUCAACGUGAUCAACGGGGGCUCCCAUGCUGGAAACAAGCUGGCCAUGCAGGAGUUCAUGAUUCUGCCUGUGGGAGCCAGCUCCUUCAAGGAAGCCAUGCGCAUUGGUGCUGAGGUCUACCACCACCUCAAGGGGGUCAUCAAGGCCAAGUAUGGGAAGGAUGCCACCAAUGUGGGUGAUGAAGGUGGCUUCGCACCCAACAUCCUGGAGAACAAUGAGGCCCUAGAGCUGCUGAAGACAGCCAUCCAGGCAGCUGGUUAUCCAGACAAGGUGGUGAUCGGCAUGGAUGUGGCAGCGUCUGAGUUCUAUCGCAAUGGGAAGUACGAUCUUGACUUCAAGUCACCUGAUGAUCCCGCACGGCACAUCACUGGGGAGAAACUUGGAGAGCUGUAUAAGAGCUUCAUCAAGAACUACCCUGUGGUCUCCAUCGAGGACCCCUUUGACCAGGAUGACUGGGCCACUUGGACCUCGUUCCUCUCGGGAGUGAACAUCCAGAUUGUGGGGGAUGACCUGACAGUCACCAACCCCAAGAGGAUUGCCCAGGCCGUUGAGAAGAAGGCCUGCAACUGUCUGCUGCUGAAGGUCAACCAGAUUGGCUCGGUGACUGAAUCGAUCCAGGCGUGCAAACUUGCUCAGUCUAACGGCUGGGGAGUGAUGGUGAGCCACCGCUCUGGGGAGACUGAGGACACAUUCAUUGCUGACCUUGUGGUGGGACUCUGCACAGGACAGAUCAAGACUGGCGCCCCCUGUCGCUCGGAGCGUCUGGCCAAAUACAACCAACUCAUGAGGAUUGAGGAGGCUCUUGGGGACAAGGCUAUAUUUGCUGGACGAAAGUUCCGCAACCCGAAGGCCAAGUGAGAACCAGGAUUCCACUGGACAGCCCCAGGUCUUCCAGACCUGCUUCCUGAAAUAAACACUGGUGCCAACCAA